GCGAUUGAUAAACACUCGCUGUUUGUGUGCAUAUGCGUGCAACUUGGGUUGUUGUGUCAGAAUCUUAUUUAUAUGCGAGGGGAUGGGUUUCAGACGUCCAGGGAGUAGCGCGGGCUGCCACACAAACACAUUUUCUAGGCAUGGAGCCUGCAGUCAGGGACAGCGUCACACUUUGUACAGCUCUGCAAUGAACUAAGGACUACAGACCAGACCUGGACUACAAACGUCUGACCUCUAGGAUAAGGAUAGGCUGAUUUCUGAUCAUCUCUGGCCCAGAACUGGCUCUUUUCUUCAGUUAAACGUUGAUCUGCAAUGCCUGCCUCCGGAGCUUCAGAUCCAAAAUCAGAGGACUUCUCCACUGCUAUUCUGAAGCAGAAGAUUCGGCCGAAUCGACUCGUCGUGGACGAAGCCAACAAUGAGGACAACAGCAUUGUGUGCUUGUCACAGGUUAAAAUGGAGGAGCUGCAGUUGUUUCGGGGAGACACGGUGGUGUUACGCGGCCGGAAGCGGAGGCAGACCGUCUGCAUCGUUCUCACGGACGACACGUGCGGGAACGAGCGCGUGCGCAUGAACAGGGUCAUCCGCAACAACCUGAGAGUGCGUCUCGGUGAUGUCAUCAGUAUCCAUGCUUGUCCAGAUGUGAAAUAUGGGAAGCGCAUCCAUGUUCUACCUAUUGAUGACACUAUCGAGGGGCUAACGGGCAACUUGUUCGAGGUUUUUCUAAAGCCGUACUUCCUGGAGGCCUACCGACCUGUUCACAAAGGUGAUAUUUUCCUGGUCAGAGGAGGCAUGCGAGCAGUGGAGUUUAAAGUAGUAGAAACAGACCCCACCCCUCACUGCAUUGUUGCCCCGGAUACCAUCAUCCACUGUGAGGGAGAACCAAUCAAACGAGAGGACGAGGAGGAGAACCUGAACGACAUCGGGUACGAUGACAUCGGCGGUUGUCGUAAACAGCUGGCUCAGAUUAAAGAGAUGGUGGAGCUGCCUCUCAGGCACCCCGGCCUGUUCAAAGCCAUCGGAGUGAAGCCUCCGAGAGGAAUUCUGCUGUACGGUCCUCCCGGUACGGGCAAGACGCUGGUGGCUCGUGCUGUUGCUAAUGAGACGGGAGCUUUCUUCUUCCUCAUCAAUGGUCCUGAAAUCAUGAGUAAACUGGCAGGAGAGUCUGAGAGCAACCUGAGAAAAGCUUUCGAGGAGGCAGAAAAAAACGCCCCUGCUAUUAUCUUCAUCGAUGAGCUGGAUGCAAUCGCUCCGAAGCGAGAGAAGACUCACGGUGAAGUUGAGCGGAGGAUCGUCUCUCAGCUGCUCACCCUGAUGGAUGGCCUGAAGCAACGGGUUCAUGUUGUCGUUAUGGCAGCCACAAACAGGCCCAACAGUGUGGAUCCCGCACUCCGGCGUUUUGGUCGUUUUGAUCGAGAGAUUGACAUCGGCAUCCCCGAUUCCACCGGCAGGCUGGAAAUUUUACAGAUUCACACCAAGAACAUGAAACUAUCAGACGACGUGGACCUGGAACGGAUCUCCACUGAAACGCACGGGCAUGUGGGAGCAGAUUUGGCCGCCCUGUGUUCAGAAGCAGCGCUGCAGGCCAUUCGCAAAAAGAUGACCCUAAUUGAUCUGGAGGACGACAGCAUCGAUGCAGACCUUCUCAACUCAAUGGCCGUCACCAUGGAUGACUUCAAGUGGGCUCUGAGUCAGAGUAACCCAUCUGCUCUGAGGGAGACGGUGGCCGAGGUUCCACAGGUAAACUGGGAGGACAUCGGAGGACUCGACGAGGUGAAGCGAGAAUUACAGGAGCUCGUCCAGUAUCCAGUGGAGUAUCCUGACAAGUUUCUCAAAUUUGGAAUGACUCCAUCUCGAGGGGUCCUGUUCUAUGGUCCGCCCGGAUGUGGCAAAACCCUACUAGCCAAAGCCAUCGCCAAUGAGUGCCAGGCUAACUUCGUGUCCAUCAAAGGCCCAGAGCUGCUCACCAUGUGGUUUGGUGAAUCAGAGGCAAAUGUCAGAGAUGUGUUUGAUAAGGCACGCCAGGCAGCCCCGUGCAUCCUCUUCUUCGACGAGCUGGACUCCAUUGCUAAAGCCCGAGGUGGCGGGGCCGGAGACGCGGGAGGCGCAGCCGACAGAGUCAUCAACCAGAUCUUGACAGAAAUGGACGGAAUGACCAAUAAGAAAAACGUUUUUAUCAUUGGUGCCACCAACAGGCCUGAUAUCAUCGAUCCUGCAAUCCUGAGGCCCGGUCGCUUGGAUCAAUUGAUUUAUAUCCCUCUACCUGACAUGCCCUCCCGCACUGCCAUCCUGCGCGCCAACCUCCGCAAGUCCCCCGUCGCCAAGGACGUAGACCUGGCAUAUCUGUCCCGGAUAACAGAGGGAUUCUCGGGAGCAGACCUGACUGAGAUCUGUCAGAGGGCCUGUAAGCUUGCUAUAAGAGAAGCUAUAGAGGCAGAGAUCCGUGCUGAGAGACAGCGGCAAGCCAGGAAAGAGACUGCUAUGGAUGACGAUUAUGACCCGGUGCCUGAGAUCAGGAAGGAUCAUUUUGAGGAAGCCAUGAGGUUUGCUCGCCGGUCGGUCAGUGACAACGACAUACGGAAGUAUGAGAUGUUUGCUCAGACUCUCCAGCAAAGCCGUGGAUUUGGGAACUUCAGGUUUCCUACAGCGCCUCAGUCAAGCGGAGGUCAGGGGUCAGGCCAAGGCUCUGGGGGUCACUUCAGAGAAGACGGAGAUGAUGAUCUCUAUCAGUGAUCUUCAAGCAGCCCAACGCCUGCUGUGUGUGACAGUGACAGUAUCUGCACAUAAUCAUUAUUAGUAAUAAUUCGUUUUUAAUCUCUAAAUUUUAAUUGAAUGUCUAUUACUUUCAUGUUAAAUUUUAAAAUGAUGUUCUUAAACGUGUUGGAUGUGAAAUGUGUGCCCGACAGUAAUAAAGAAUACGUGAUUUCCCUGUUUGAUUUCCAAA